AUGCAGCUCAAUUUCAGCAGCCUCAGGGCCCUGGUGACAGGGGCAGGGCAAGGGAUCGGACGCCACACUGCCAAGGCCCUGCACGCCUCGGGGGCCAGGGUGGUGGCCCUGAGUCGCACCAGAGCCAACCUGGUCAGCCUCUCGGAGGAGUGUCCCGGGGUAGAGACCGUGUGCGUGGACCUGGGCGACUGGGAGGCCACGGAGCGGGCGCUGGGCGGCGUGGGCCCCGUGGACCUGCUGGUGAACAAUGCCGCCGUGGCGCUGCCGCAGCCCUUCCUGGAGGUCACCAAGGAGGCCUUCGACAGGUCCUUCGGCGUGAACCUGCGGUCCGUGUUCCAGGUGUCCCGGGUGGUGGCCCGAGGCAUGAUCGAGCGCCGGGUGCCUGGCUCCAUCGUCAACGUCUCCAGCAUAACAGCCUACGUCACCUUCCCCAACUUCGCUGUCUACAGCUCCACCAAGGGUGCGAUGACCAUGCUGACCAAAGCCAUGGCCUUGGAGCUGGGGCCGCACAAGAUCCGGGUGAACUCCGUGAACCCCACGGUUGUGCUGACGGCCAUGAGCCAACAAAGCUUGAGCGACCCCGAGUUCGCCCGGAAGAUUAAGGAGCAGCACCCGCUGAAGAAGUUUGCAGAGAUGGAGGACGUGGUCAACAGCAUCCUGUUCCUGCUCAGCGACCGCAGCGCCUCCACGAGCGGCUCCAGCCUCCUAGUGGACGCCGGGUACCUGACCUCCUAG